AUGCAGCCCGGUCGAUUCUCUUGUGGCGGGACCGAUUCCGCUGUGCCGGCGCUGCACCCAAGGGGCCAAUGGCUGCGCACAGUUCGGUGCCCUGUCACCGACCGCACAAUGCAAGCGCGGAGUACUGCGCAGAAUGCGUCGUCCAGCGAGACACUCCUGCGGCCUCGGCCAUCGCUGAUGGGCAAUGGGGGGCGCAAUGAGAGAGCAAGACCACCUUCCGACCCACAGAACGGCUGGAACCUUGAUCCCUCAGGGAACGGGAGCUUUCAUCAGAUAUUCAGGUGUGAUCAGGACCUGGCCAUCAGGGAGGUGACGGAGGCUGCGGCAGACAAUCUGAGGCGCGUCCUGGAAUGCAACGGAGAUGAGGCUGUGGCGAAGGCCGCUGUUCGCAGUUUCACAGUUCGGGCUGGAAAACAGAUACUGGAAGAUUGCAGGCCCGAGGUGUUGCUGGCCAUUUUGACUGGGUUGAGCGACGUUGCCGAUGCAGCAGGAAUUGGGGAGUGGGUUGUCAAAGAAGAGGGCGAGUUAUUGUCGCUGACGGUGGCGCAGUUGACAGCCCGCAGGGAUGUCCUUUCUGCUCAGGAGCUGGUGGCGGCCAUCGGGUGCUUUGCCACGCUCGGAAGCUGUGCAGUGAUGGAAAAGGAAGGAGUGCGGGGCAUAUCAAGUGCUUUGGCCCUUUGGUGCGUGCGCCUGGAAGUUGUGCUUCAGGAAUUGGGCCCCGAAGAGGUGUGUGUACUGGUGUCGAGCCUGGAGAAGUUGGAGUUUCGGCAGUGUGAAGAUCUUCUUGCUGCAAUUACAGCGUGGCUGCCUUCCAAAGUGGGCGCCCUGAAGCACCAGGACGUUGCGAAGUUGGCCUGGUGCCUUGGACGCCUCCACGUUCAGAGUCCGCACAUGCUUCUUCGCGCGAUCAGCAGAAAUGCUAAGGCCAGGCUGCAGGAGUUCAGCCCCAACGAAAUCCGCAUGCUGUUGUGGGGUCUGGCAGAAGCCGAUUUUCGAUGUUGCCCUUCUCUGCCCGUCGCGCUUGCAGAAGAGGUGGUGGCAAGAUUCGAGGCCUUUGGCCGUAUUGAGGUGGCUGCUGUCACCUGGUCGCUUGCCAGAUUGGCUGUGCACCCUGGUGAGUCGUAUUUGGGCUUGGUGGCCUCGUCAAUGAAGGACAGCGUAAAUGUUCUCAGCCCAAAGCUGGUUUCCCGGUUUGUUUGGUCGCUUGCAAUGGCAGGAGCCAGCAAUGCAGACUUGGCAGAGGAGAUGAAAGCUCUUCUGAUGUCCAACUUGCCAGAGUACAAGCCUCAGGAGGUGGCUUCGUUUCUUUACAGCCUAUCUGUUAUGGAUGCAUUGGACACGACAACAUUUGAGGCAGCGAUGGCCCACAUGGAGCUUGCACCAGUAAGGUCAUUGAACUGGAGGAGUCGACUGCAUAUUUACCAGGCCAUUGUGCAUCUCCAGUUGUUCAGUGGCAACAAAUCCGUGACAGAUUGUAUUCCCUCCAGUCUGGCAGCUGCAUGCUGGGAGGCAUGGAAGAAAUCAGAAGGCAGGCGAAGGCCAUUGCAGGCGAUGUCGAGACUGAUCAGGGCCGCAGAGAAAACGGGGCAUAAAGUCACUGAAAGUACUUCGGUGACGAAAGCAAUGCCAUUCAAAGUCACGUGCAUUGAGACGACCGAUGGGCAGCAGGUUGCAGUUGAAUUGAUCACUCCUCGCCAUUGUUUUGCGAACGACCGAGGACGACUGACAGGGCCAACAGAAUGGUUCUUGAGGGCUGUGGAGGCGGCAGGAUUGCCUGUCCUUCGACUAAGAGAGGAAGAAUGGAACAAUGUACCUCAGAAGAGCCACGAAGCGUAUCUGGCAAGGAAGUUAGCUAGUGUGGUGACAAGCGAAUGA